AUGGUGAAAGUUAAAGAAUUGGAACAAUAUAUGGCUCAAGGUUUAGCAGAAUGUUUUGCUACAUUUAUGUUGAUAUUAAUUGGUGAAGGAGCUAUUGCUCAAUAUAAACUGUCACAUCAAGCAAAUCAUUCAACAAUCACUAUUAAUCUUUCAUUUGGCAUUGGUGUUUAUACAGCAUUGAUGAUUGCUGGACCAAUUAGUGGUGCGCAUUUAAAUCCUGCUGUCAGUAUUUCCUUAUUAACAGUUCGUAAAUUGAAACCAGUUCAAUGUGUUAUUUAUAUCAUUAGUCAAUUAAUAGGAGCAUUUUUUGGUGCUCUUGUUGUUUAUUAUCUUUAUUUUGGUUUAUUUAAUAAAUUUGAUGGUGGUGAAAGAGAAAUGUUAGGUACAAACGGUACAGCUGAUAUUUUCUUUACAAUGCCAGCAGACGGUGUAGAACAUUGGAAUUCAUUUUUUGAUCAAGUUGUUGGUACUGCUGUUUUAAUGAUUUUUAUUAUGGCUUUAAUAAGUAAUUCUAAUUUUAUGAUAUCGGAAGUCGCUAAACCAUUUGCAUUUGUUCUUAUUAUUGUUGGUAUUACUUCAGCAUUUGCAGGUAAUGCUGGUGCGGCAAUUAAUCCUGCUCGUGAUUUUGGUCCUCGUUUAUUUGCUGCUUUUAUUUAUGGUUGGGAAAAUGUAUUUUCAGUAAAUAGAUGUUUCUUUUGGAUUCCAAUUAUUGGUCCAAUUGUUGGAGCUAUUAUUGGUGUUUGGCUAUAUGUAGGUUAUGAAGCAUUUAUAAAACGUUAUGGACAUUUCUCUACGAUUGCAAAGACUGGCUCCAUUGAAAUUCAUCCAAAGAUAAAAUCGAUCGAUGAUGAUGAUCAUCAAGCAAUGAUUUCACAUGAACUUACAACUAUUCGUAGUUAA